AUGACUGAAAUCGGGAAUUACUUAAUAGGUAAUGGAACCCUGUAUAUUUGAUUAUAGGGAAGACCAUUGGACAGGGCACUUUUAGCAAGGUUUGUUAGGCAAUCAAUCAAGUGAUAGGUCAUGAAGCAGCAGUAAAGGUACUUGAAAAGAAAUGCAUCAAUUAAGAAGGAGAUGUAGAGCGAGUGAAAAGAGAGAUUCAAAUAUUAAAAGUUCUUCAUCAUCCUUAGAUUGUGAAACUUUACGAGGUUAAAAUUUAGCAUAGAGUAAUCCAUAGGUAAUUGAAACAGAAAACCAUAUCUAUUUAUUCAUGGAGUAUGCAAAUGGUGGAGAACUGUUCGAUUACAUUGACAGAGUUAAAUAGUAAGAUCAUUCAUUUUAAAUGAGUAGAGUAACAGAAUAUGAAGCAUGCAAGUUCCUUCAUUAAAUCAUUUCAGGACUAGAGUACAUGCAUAGUCUAAAGAUUAUCCAUAGAGAUUUAAAACCUGAGAACCUAUUGUUAACUAAUGAUAGAGACAUUCUCAUCGCUGAUUUUGGUUUAAGUAAUCUUCAAAAGGAUCUGCUAAAGACUUGUUGUGGAAGUCCUUGUUAUGCAGCUCCUGAGAUGAUACAGGGAGAACCUUAUGAUGGACAAAUGACAGACGUAUGGAGUUGCGGGAUUAUUUUAUUCGCUAUGAUAUGUGGGUAUUUGCCAUUUGAUGAUCUAAACACACAGAUUCUGUAUUAGAAGAUUACAAAUGCUGAGUUCACUUUUCCAAAACACAUCUCAAUAGAUGCCAAAGAUCUCUUAAAGAGGAUUUUAGUGGUUGAUCCAUAAAAAAGAUAUUCAAUAUAGUAAAUAAAAAGACAUAAGUGGUGGCAAUUAUGGAAAAGAGAUGUCUAAUAUUUCGAUAUCAUUAGAAUCCGCCAAUGUCAGUAUUCAAGGCCAGAUGUAUUACAAUUCCUUGUUAAUUUUUACCAAAUAGUCCUUAUAAUGAAGAAAUACCAAAUCUACCUAAAUGUUCUCCCAGGAAUAUUAAAUCCCCUUACGCAAGAUCACCACUUACUAAGUCUCCCAACACUAAAUCCACUACAUCUAAAAUAUCCAAUUGUACUUAUAAAUAGGUUUAUGACAAAAGUAAAAUGAGAUUAACACCCUCUAAAUCUUUGCAUGAAUCUACAAACAAUAAUAAUUCUAAAAGUAACCACAAUAAUAAUAAUAAUAAUAAUAAUAAUAAUAAUAAUAACAAUAACAAAUAAAAUAUCUUUAUUAAAUAAUAGAACCAAUAUGCUUUUUAUAAUAAACAUAAGAAAUAACCUUCUGGAUAAUACUCAACUUUAAUGAAAUAAACCAAGUUCUAAAAAGUUGUUUAGAGUAUGCAUGAAAAUAGAAAUUAAAAAUUGCUUUCUAGUGCAACUCCCCAUAAGCCUUCUAUCAAACAUUUUUAUUCCCAUACCAGAAAAGUUAGCGAUUUAGUGAGAUCUAAAUUUCAAAACACCUUAAAAAUUGAUGAUUCUUAAUCCACUAAAAAUAUACUUUAAAAAUUGACUUCCGGUUUGAACAGUCUCAUAAAUUCUCCUCGACAACCAACUAAUAUUCGAGGAAUUGAGUAACACAAUGGUCCCUAUCAUUUAUCUUUGAUAACCAAGAAGCAUCCCCAAUUAUUCAUAGAUAUGAUCCAUAACUAUUUGAAAAUGCAUUUUGCAAUAAUUUCUUAUGAGAAUUAUUCAAUCACAUUAAAAUUGGAUGGUGACCAAUUAUUUGUGGUGAAAUUGAAAAGAAUCGAAUAAAUAGAUGUGUAUUAUUUAGAUGUCAUCCAAUAACAUUAUAAUUUUGCUGAACUCCAAUAAUUUGUCUAAGAUUUACAAUUGCACAUCAAAUUUUGA